UCAUUAGGUAUUAUUUUGCAGUUGGUCGUCCUAGAAGAUGCACGUUCGUCCAUUAUUCGUUUCACUGUGUCUGCUGGUCAAGGGUUUCACUUGCGAGGCGAACACAGAAUCGACACUUGAAGACUCCGAACUCGACCCCGAAGGUUAUUACUGGCGGGAUUACAAUAAUCGGAUACCCAAAGAUGCGUUUCCUGCUAGUUUUGGAGUUGAGCCUCAGUACAUUGCUCAAGUGUUGCAUGGGGACUUACUGAUUCCAGGAGUCAUAGAUCACUCUGUGACCACAGAUGCCAUUUACGAAUAUGGAAAUGCGGAAAGGGAGUCAUCCACUAAUAUUAAGAUAUUUUGCACUGAUAACCCAAAUGCACUGGAGUGGGUAGAAACUAACACCGACGAUUUUUCCAUUGACGACGAUUAUAUUGUUGGGGGAUACGAGAGUGGGAACAAGGUGUUUAUUGGUAGAUCAUGGGAGCAUGGAGAUCCAGUGGUCGGGAAAGUGAUAGUCCAUGGUUCUGAUCCGGUUGUCUUACAUACGACUUACGGUUCCCAAGCGCUGCGGAAGAGAAAUUUCGAAGUUUUAAGGGUUGCGAGGAGGUCUGCGUCUCCAACGACCGCUUUCACGAGCGUUUACCACGUCACAUCUCCAAGGCCACGCUCAGAAGCCGAUUAUCGAUCAAGGGUGUCGACUGAACAUUAUGAUCAAUUAUUCCACACUUCAAAACCGUACUACCCUCUGGAGCCACGAUUCCACAGAUACAUGCCGGUUACUCCUCCACGUCCUUACUAUAGAAAUUGGCGACCUACCAGAUCGUGGAUUGAUGAACGGUUCAACAGCCUCCGACCUUCGACUUCACCGCGACCACGUUUAUAUAAAGAAGACCAUUUAUCCCGAGGUUUAUCCACUUCGCAAAAACCUAGGUCCGUUACGCUUACAAAUAAUGAAAAAUGUACGUGCAGCAAAGGGACUGUAAUUAUUAACUUUAAUUGAUAUGAAUAUGAAUCUUUCAGGCAGAGUUUUUAAUGUAUAUCUAUUUUGUGUGAUUAUAAUAAAAUUUGCUUCACUUUA